ACUCCCAUGACACCUUUCCGUUCACUCCACCUCACCGGGCGGUGACAGCGAGUGUCAGGUGUCUCAAGGUUUCACAGAGAGAGUGACAACGGAAGUUCGCACAGGUAUUUUAGAUAGCAGCCAGAGAUGGAAAGUGGUCCAUUCAAUCGACGGGGCUGGGCGGCACAGUCCGUGCGUGUCACUGCGAAAGAGCUGUCCCUCAGCGGCCGAGGGAAAAACAACGCCAUCGCUGAACGCUUCUCCAAAUACCAGAGAGCUGCUGAGGUGGCCAGUACCGAGAAGAAAAAAGGAUCUGCUGAGAGUGCAUCACCCUCACUGCGGUUAGGCAACCUCAGUGCUCUGAAGAAGCGUUGGGAGCAGGCACAGAAGCCUUCUUCUGUCCCACCUCCUAGCCAGUCCAGCACUCACUGCAGGCCUCCUGCUCUGGACAGGCCUGCUUCUAUCACCGAGCCCUGUCCUCCGUUAAAGAGCCCCGGCCUGCCGACCGAUCAGGGAGGACAGCAACCAGCCAGUUGUGUCCUGAAGCCCGCAGCAGUUCCAGAAGCAUCCGAAGGUGAAGAGCAGAGAGGGAUGGACAGGGAUGAGCUGACCCACCAUGAAAGACCCGGAAAGCUUGAUGAGCAAGUUCCAACCAGCCCCCGUGCCUCUUAUGAAAAACCCAGAGUGCCACUGACCAAGAUGAAGUUCAAGAGGGGAGAGAAUACCAUGAGCAAGGGCGGCAGGACAACAAUACGCAGUACUUCAUCAGAGGACAUGGACCAACAUGGUGGUCUGUCUGUGCAUGACAGAGUACUGGAGUCCACAUCCAUGAAGGAGAAGAUGGCCAAAUACCAGGCUGCUGUAUCUAAACAAGGCACCUCUCGUGCUGGUCUGGCCCCAGAGGUGCCUGCUCCUAAAACAUCUGCACCAGUAAAUCAGAACCAGAAUCCUGCACCUGAGUGCAAUGGGGAGAGCAGCGAGCAACCUAAAGCAUCAAGGAAGUUCAGCCCACCGGUGAAGGAGACGUGCGUUGCUUGUCUAAAGACUGUGUACCCGCUGGAGAGACUGAUGGCUCUUCAGCAUGUCUACCACAAAGGUUGCUUCCGCUGUGUUCACUGCAACGCAACGCUCAGUCUUGGGAGUUUUGCCUCUCUGCAUGGCAACGUCUACUGCAAGCCCCAUUUCAGCCAGCUGUUUAAAGCUAAAGGCAACUACGAUGAGGGCUUUGGCCAUCGGCCUCACAAGGAGCUUUGGGAGCCUCGUGACGAUGGAGACCAAGGUGAGGAAGAGGUGAAGCCAAAGGAACAAGAGGAACCAGCAGUGGUGGCGCGUCCAGCUGAGAGUACCUCAGACAAACAGGAGACCCCAGCUGUUGAAGCAUCCCCACAGGUUACGGUGACAGACCUGACUGCCUUACUGGAGACACGUGUGCAGACACAUGCGAGGUCUGGUGAAAAGCUUGAGUCUACUGAGAAACGCAGGCUGAGAAUCGCCUGGCCUCCCCCAGCUGGUGAAGACCCCUCUGGGACAGCACUUAGUCCAGUCACGGAGGGAGUUUCUUCAGGCCGACCGUGGAGAGCCAAGUGGCCUCCAGGGGACGAGGCGCCAUCAUCCUUCCAGAGCUCAGACCGAGCUGAACUGAAGAGCCUGAGGAGGAGCUCUUCUCUAAAGGAGCGCAUUCGGCCUUUUACAAUCGCAGCUAAACCCAACCCCGCAAACAGUCUGGGACCCAGGGAACUUCGUCGCCCUCUCAAAUCCCUGCUGGAAUGGAGAGUGUCAUUCGAGGAAAAAAACGCAUCUGAAGAACCACCCAAGGAAAAUAAGCCGGAGCUUCAGCAAGGGAAACGGCAGGAGAAAAAAGAGAAGUCGAUGCCUCAAAUUCAGAGCCAAGACACAGCAAAGGAAAGCGAGGCCACCUCAGAGGAGGACAUGGAGACAGAGCAACAGGAAGAAAGAGACAAACAAGUACAGAAGAGAGGAAAGGCAGCAGCAGAGAAGAUUGCCGUAGAAGAAGGAUCUCUUAGAAGCAUCUCCCCGGAAAUCUCCCCGUCCUCUUCUCCACCUUUACAGCCAAAACAGAACCGCGCCUCCCAGGAUGUGGGCUUCUGGGAGGAGGACAAGGAAGGAAGUGAUGCAGAGGAGCUGAGUGCAGAGGAUAUAAUCAAGAGGAACCGCUACUAUGACGAGGAGGACUCUGACUCAUAGGAAAGACAGUCUUACUGUCAUGUCCAUCCACCAUAUAACACUUUCUCAGUUUAUAGGUAGAUCACAAAUGUAGCUUUGCCAGAUUUUAUAGUGUUAUACGAGAGGUUUAAAAAAUGUGUAAUAGGUGUGUGUAUGUGCAUUUAUAUUGCAAUAACUGCCUUUAAUUGUUAAAGUACAAAUAUUUGAUUUUUCUUUGUAUAUAUAACUAUACUGUACAUCUAAUUCAGCUUUUAUAUUACUCCUGAUUAUACUGGAAAGUUGGCAUCUGUUAAAUUAAACCAUCUCUUAAUAAAAUAAUUAUAUGCACCAUCAGUGGCGUAUUAUUCGCAGGUGGUGUGUCCAAAAAACAUUAAACUUUAUGCAGCACUUUAAGUGCUUAUUAAUGGCAGGCAGAUUUUAUGUCUAAAAUACCUAAAUAUCUUGUACCAAAAAGCACACACCAGUACUGUAUUUUUAAGAGGUGUUUGGAGGGUAAAUGUUUGGCCUUUUGGAGUUUUACAUAUUUCCUCAAUUUAAAUUGCAAAUUGAAGAAAAAACAGAACCUGAAUGACAAUGCUCUGGAUUUGGGUUUAUCAAACUGCAAUUAUUACUUCUAUUCACAGUUACUGGUAAUGUUUAAAUACUAUAGAGCAUACACCAUGCAGUCUCCUGCUUUCACUGUUAUUGAGCCAUUAACUUCACCCAGCACCCGGAUAUACAAACAGACGAGUCAGUAAACCUUAACACUAUCCUGCAGGGGACACUCUGGUCCUGGUCAAAAUCUGCUGCUGAACUAUUCUGAUCACCAUAACUAUGAUAAAAGGAGAAAAUAUGAUAAAUCAAGAUUUCUACUGAUAGUUAUUCUUUCAGGCUAAAAUCAAAAAUCAUCUCUUUGGGCCUUCUGGAUGUGCGUUUAACAUUUUCAAAUGUGAUCCACUUCGUAUGUAAAACACUUUGUAUUUUAAAAUGUGCCGUGGAAUAUAUGUUUGCCCUGCCGAAUAUAUUUUUUAAUAAUUUGUAUAAUGACACAUCGGGCAUUACAGUCUGAACUGUUGUUGAAACACAAUAAAAAUGUAUAAAUGAGGAAAUCCA